UGGCAACAAGUGUUUGCAACAGUACAUGGCACAGGACAGACAGUCUAUGAUGCUUGGAAUGCAAGUUCUGACACCCCAGUCCUCCAUUACAAAAGCAACCUUGUAGAUCUAUGGGCGUCACUUGGCAUCAAAAAGGUGAUGGUUGUGUUGGAGUCCAUGUCUGCGCAUGUUAAACUUGUCUUCAAUGGACAAAACACGGACAAGUACAGCUGGUUCUCCAAGCCUCGCCUGAUCUCGUCACCGUGGACCGACCUGGAAACAGAGGCGAUAGAAACAUUUUCUAUCCUGGAUGAAUCUAGCCCCGAAUCCAGCCGAAGGAGUUUCUUCAUCAGUCGGAACCAUGCUGACUGUGAAAGUGCUGGUGGUUGGUUAAGUGUGGCCGAGGCUGGGACUUGCACAAUGUGGGAACAGACAUCCAGCGGUGACGCCCCGGCUAUUCUCUACUCCACUGUCUCCAAUUACGUCACUUGGAGUAGUGGUUGUAUGGUGGCAGGCUAUGUUCGUUUUAAUGGCAUUUGCUACAAGAGCUUUGGGGAUCGUGUGACAUGGGAUGAGGCAAAGCAGACGUGUGCGGCAGACGGGGGCAUUUUAGCCAUGCCGAAGGACGAUGCCACCAAUACUUUCCUCGCUAAUCUAGAAGAAGUAGUAGGGGGUCGUUGGCUUGGGUUGACUCAUCCCAACAGCGAUGGCCAGUGGGUAUUUGAGGAUGGUCAAACCCUGACACCAUCAGACUUCUCCAACUGGCGUGCCGGUACACCGGAUAUCAGCGCCCAUGGCUGUGCAGGAUUUUAUGGGGAGACAAGAAAAUGGGCCCCAAAAACCUGUACUGAAAAUAAACCAUUCCUCUGCCAGCUAAAUCAGGUUGAAUCCACUGUUGGGAGUGCCGACCGCAUGGUCAUCUACGUCACGACCGAAACUGGACCCGUCCGUGACCACAGAGGAACUGAGUUUAUCCUGGCAUUCACGGAGAACUCCCAACGUGACGGGGAGGUGCCGAGACUGUACAUCACUGGUACCCGUGCCACCUCAACCCGCGUCACCGUGACUGUGCCCGCCACGAGUUUCAGAUCAUCCAUCAGCGUUACGUCUAGUCAGGUGACAGAAGUGCAGCUGCCCCCUAGCGGCGUGGAGAUGAGUGGCAGUCAGAAGGGGAACUGGGCCGUGUCCGUCACAGCCGAUGACGAGAUUGUGGUCUACGGUGUGACAAAAGGAGAUGGCUACCUGGCACUGCCCACUGAUGUCCUUGGGAAGGAGUAUUUCGUACCUUGUAGCACUGUUGAUGCAGUUUCCAGAUCUGUAACAUCAGGAGAAGGGAUGUUUAUGAUGAUGGCCAUGGAAAUGGCUAUGAUACCCACAGAGUUUGGCAUUGUUGGUGUCGAGGAUGGCACGACUGUGAACAUCAUCCCAACCGUGUACGUGGCGUUGGACGGCCAGAACUACAAUGCCGGACAGACCAUAACCGUCACGUUGAAUAGGAUGGAGUCUCUACAGCUACAGGCACAGUUUGAUCUGACUGGAUCAAAGGUCACAUCUGACAAGCCGGUGGCGGUGUUCAGUGGGAACAAGUUCAAAGUGGCGUUCGAUGUGGCUGGAAACGGAGGACAGGUUGUAGAGAUGAUCCCUCCUGUGGACACCUGGGGUAAGGAGUUUGUUGUCUUGCCACUCAACGACAGCAUUGGUGAGAACAGGAUCCGUGUCAUGGCCGCCAGAGACAAUACUGAGGUUAGGGUAACUGGACAAAGCACAAGGACACUUGCUGCUGGUGAGGACUGGCAGCUUAACGUACCGUCUGACCAGUACAUCCAUGUCUCCGUCACAGCGCCUGUCCUGGUGAUACAGUACAGGAUCAAGGAGAACAACGACAUCCCCUCGGACUCUUUUAUGAUGGUGGUCCCGCCGGUUUCGCAAUUCAUGACGGAGUACAUUUUCACGGCAGCAGAAUCUCAUCCUGACCUUGAGCAUCACCUCAACAUUGUCAUCGAGACGUCAGAAAUAAGUGGGCUACGAUUGGACGGUGCAGCUCUUGACGUCGGCCUAAACUGGACAGCAAUACCCGAUACAGACAUGUCAGCGGCACGUGUUCACAUCCAAGGUGGCAUCCACACGUUGGUCCAUACAUCUCCUAUUGUACCGUUUGGUGUCACGUGCUACGCGUACACAGAGAACGGCACGUAUGGGUACCCAGGAGGCCUCCGUCUCGCUGAUGUGACCUCGUCGUGUGCCAGGUCUUUGCCCAUGGCAGGUGACGGUAUGGACAAUGACUGUGAUGGUACAAUUGAUGAAGAGCUUCUGAAUGAAUGGGACGAUGAUGGUGAUGGGAGGGUUGACGAGGAUUUAGCAGCUGAUGGAAUUGUGUACCUGACAACAUUGGAUAGUUUUACGUUCUACAAGGUCCCAGUCACAGGAGUGAUGAAAUCGGCAAACGUGAAAGCCACGUGUGAAGCUGUAAAAAUGAGCUUCCCCUGCUACUAUACGACAAGCAAACACAAUGAAUGGACAGAAGGUUGUAUUGAACACAGCGAGCAACACAGUAAUGACCACACGUUUAAGGUACUGUCUGAGAAAAUGUGUGGCAAUAGUUUGGAGGCUAGUUGUCUGCCGCUUGAUGGUGUGUUUGCAUAUAUGCCUGAUGACUGGGAGGAUGGUAGCGCCAAAGGGAUUGACAUUAGCACCAAUGCUAAUCACCUAAAGGGGAAAGACUAUUACAACAAGUACGCCUUGUGUAGUGGUCUAUGUAAUGGUGUGGUGCCAUUGGGUAUGGAGAAUGGGAUGAUUCCGGACGAAAACGUCACAGCCUCCUCCACACACGGCGACUGCUCGACAGGGUCAGCUCGCCUGUAUACAGUUCUCGAUGAACAGACAUCCGGCUGGUGUCCCGUAACUACCAACACUGAUCAGUGGCUUCAGAUUAACCUUGGAUCAGAGGUCAAAGUAGCAGGUGUCGCCACGCAGGGCCAAGGUGGGGGUCUCAGUGACGCGUGGGUGACGUCAUACAAGCUGCUGUACAGCCUGGAUGGUGACACAUGGACCGUCAUCUUGGACGACCAAGGCCGGCAAAAGGUGUUCUCUGGGAACAGCGAUACUCAAACGGCGGUGACUAACAUGCUGGACAGGUCUGUCAUUGCAAGCCAUGUACGUUUCCAGCCCCAAAUCUGGUACCAGUCAAUAGUCAUGAGGGUAGAAGUGCUUGGAUCGUACUUCAAAACAGUUAACAGCAGCUGGACUGAGUGGGGGCCAUGGACAGAGUGUAGCGUGACGUGUGACAAUGGACAACGCACACGUGAACGCACCUGUACGCCCCCGGUCCCGAUGUGCGGUGGGACCAACAAAUGUGUUGGGUCCUCAACAGAGACAGAGGAGUGCACACAUGGAGUCAGAUGCACAGCCGUUGGUGGUCUCUGGCACUUGAACGGGGAUUGUGGCCUGUUGGACAUUACGGGAAACGGAAAUGACGGUACAGCACAGGGUACACGGCUGGCAGAGGGUCCAGAAGGGGAGACUGAAGGGUCUUACCUGUUCCUGGGAACUUCAACUUCGUACGUGGACAUUCCUAAUAACGGAGCAUUGGACACCCGAUACUCCAUCACCAUAUUGGCCCAGAUCUUCCCUACCUCUACACUUGGACCUGUCUUUGUUUAUGCAGCAGAUGCAGAACCUGUGGUGCGCCUGACAUUGGCCCAGUAUGAUUCGGUGCACUUUAUUUUCAGUUUAGCAGAUAGGACUGGGACAGUAACAACACAUGUCACUGCACCCAAUGUGACAUUAAACAGUUGGAACAACGUGGCUGCAAGCUACAACUACAGCAGCGGAGAGAUGUUCGUCUGGCACGACGGUGUUAAAGUGAAGAGCCAAUGGCUUGGACCUAGGGAAAGCCGUACCCAACUUCCAAUAAGACUUGGUGCUGUGGACGGUUUUGGGGAUUACGUAUUUUCUGGAAGAAUCUCUUGUCUACAGGUCUACGGCUAUGCCAUGAGCCCAGAAGAGAUUUCUGUGGCACAGGGUAAAUGUGCAGCCAUACGCUGUCCAAAACUGUCGGCUCCAAGCAAUGGGAUAAUGACUGGUUGUAACUCGUUCAACCACACUGUACAGUUUGUAUGCGAUGAAGGGUUUAUCUUGGGGGGUGCCUCCAAUGCCACCUGUCAAGAGGAUGGGUCCUGGAGUGACGAAGUACCCAUAUGCAUAGGUCCACCCACAGGAUUUGCUGUUGAGUCGUUUGAUCAGACGUACAUUGUGGUGACUUGGCAGGCCCCAGUGGACCAGACCACAGACUACUACACAUUGGUGAGGACUCUAGCCUCUAGGCCGAGUGUACAGGACACCAUUCAGGUCCCUGCCAACGGAGAACUAAGGUCAAACUUCAGUGGGCUUCAUCCAGGGAAGAGGUAUGCCUUCAGCAUCACUGCACAAGUGGGCAGUGUCGCAAGUGUGGCCGUUGAUAUCACAGCAAGAUGUUUACCUCCAAGUCCAGAGGAGGUCAGUGUGGUGGUGAGUGGUCCUAGUAGCAUAACGGUGACCUGGGAAGUGGGAACCCAAGGCAACACUUUUUGGACAGCCACGACGGCUGAGAUACAUCCGUCGGAUGGUAAUGACGUGGUGACACAUACCAACACCAGGGAAACCCAUUUCACUGCAACUUUCACUGGUCUUGUCAGUGGGAGAACCUAUACUGUAGGUGUUCAGACCACCGUGAACGGAGCUUUGGAAAGUGAGAUUGUCAAUGUAAAGGCCACAACAGCACCAAAUGCACCAACAGACGUUGAGGUUACAGCUGAAGGGAGAAGCUUGACUAUUGACUGGCAACCACCGACAGGAGAUGUGGGUGGCUACAGUCUACAGCUUUCCUUUGGGAGCGUGGCAGUCAACGAUGUCAGCUUAUCAGCGAAUGCUACACAAUACCAGUUUAGGUAA